GAGACUACAACCGGAAGCACCAUGCGAUGCUUCGUCUCGGACGCGCCCGUGCCCUCCGCUGCGCCUCCAUUGCCUUCUCCACCUCCUCCUCCAUCGAAUCCAGACCUUCACACCUCAGCUCAGACCCUAACAUCGACCUCGCCCACGCCAUCGCUAACCUCGUCAACGCCCACCACGCCGGCCAUUGGCCCCCGUCCCUCGACGCUGCCCUCUCCGCCCUCGCCCGCUCCCAUGCCUCCGACCUCACCCCCUCCGCCCUCCUCCGCUCCCUCUCCCUCCUCCGCCGCCCCUCCGCCGCCGGUCCCCUCCUCCUCUGGUCCCGCCACCACCUUCCCCUCGACCCCCGCGCCGCCGCCAAGGCCCUCCACCUCCUCCUCCGCUCCCGCGCUCUCCGCCCCGCCCUCGACCUCCUCCUAUCCCUCCCCCCAUCCUCCUUCCCUGAUCACUCCUUCAACGCCCUCGUCCGCCGCCUCGCCGCCGCCGGCCAUCUCCGCUCCGCCGUCCGGCUCUUCCGCCUUAUCCCCUUCCCCUCUGUCUUCUCUUACAAUUCCCUCCUCGCUCCCCUCCUCCGCCGUGGCCGCACCCGCGCCGCCUCUGCCCUCUUUGACGAGAUGCUCGCCACCGCAGUCCGGCCCGAUGUCUGCACCUUCAACACCCUCAUCCGAGGCUUCUGUCUCAAUUCCAUGGUCGACGAGGCCUUCCGCCUCUUCAAUGAGAUGCCGCGGCACGGCUGCGCCCCAGACGUCGUCACCUACAACACACUUGUCGACGGCCUUUGCCGCGCAGGCAAGGUCCGCAUCGCCCACAAUCUCCUUAACGGAAUGCGGACAAAAAGCUCCGAUCUUGCACCGAAUGUUGUUUCCUACACCACUCUGAUCCGCGGCUACUGCAGCAAACUCCUCCCGGAUGAGGCCGUGGAGCUCUUCCACCAGAUGGUGGCGCUCGGCCUCAAACCUAAUAAGAUCACAUACAAUACCCUCAUCCAAGGGCUUUGCGACGCACGGAGGAUGGAUUUGGUCAAGGGGAUCAUGGAACCAGGAGAUGAUGGUGGCAAAGAGUUGACUUUUAGGCCAGAUACUUGCACGUUUAACACCCUGAUAGCUGCGCAUUGUAACCUGGGCAGCAUCAGCGAUGCACUUAACGUGUUUGAAAGAAUGGCGGAGAUGAGAGUGAAACGUGAUUCUGCAACUUACAGUACCAUGAUAAAGGGCCUGUGUGAAAAAGGCGAGUUUGUACGAGCUGAGGAGCUCGUUGAUGAGCUGUUGGAGAAGGAGGUGUUCAGGAAGCGAGGCAUUCCCCUGCUGGCAGCUUAUAACCCAAUAUUCGACUACUUGUGUCAGAAUGGGAAGACAGAGAAGGCAAGGAUGUUGCUUCAACAGUUGUUGGAUAAACAAGCCAAAGUAGAUGUGGCAGCAUUUAAGACAGUGAUCUUGGGCCACUGCAAGGAGGAGCGAUUGAGAGAAGGGUAUGAGCUGCUGGUGUCGAUGGGUAAAAGAGACCUUGUGCCAGAUGCUGCAACUUUUCAAACACUGAUCGAGGGAUUCAUGCAGCAGGAGAAGAUAGGCUUUGCUUGGGAGGCUUUUAGGAAAAUGUUGAACACUUGGCAUCGGCCUAGCACAGGUACAUUCCAUUCAGUACUCGCGGGAUUGGCAAAGAAAAGUCGGUAUGCUAAAGAAGCUGGUGAAUUGGUCACCUUGAUGGUGGAAAGGAAGAUUCGCCCUAAUAUCGAUCUUUCGACGAAUGUUGUCAGCAGUUUGUUUGGAGAUAACCUAAAUGACACUGCUCUCAAGAUUGUUGGAUUGCUUUACCAUAAUGGUUAUCGCGUGAAGAUGGAGGAGUUGAUUCCAUCUCUGUGUGAGAACCAGAAAUUCCUGGAGGCUAAAGAGAUGUUGCUUUUUAGUUUGGAUAAGUGUGAGAAUGUUAAUGAUGAUGUUUAUGGUUUGGUGAUUGGUGGGCUUUGUUUAAGUGGAAGGGCUUCGGAGGCAUUUAGGGUGUUGUACGAAAUGAAUGAAAGAGCCAGUGCACAUGUUUCUUCAAGUUGUUUAUAUGCUCUAAAACUUGCACUUGAAGAAAGUGGAAGAUGGAAAGAAGCAGAGUUUGUUUCCAGGCAAAUGAAUCGUGCGAACAAAAGAAUCGGAAGUUGAUCUGACUAAUGUGAAUUAGAUUGAGUUCCCAGUAGUGCUUGGGGGUUCUGCAACUGCAACAGCUUGGACUAGAAUUACGUGCUUG